AUGAGAAGAGAUUACGGCGGAUUAAUCGCCUACUCUAGAAUUUCCCUUCGCGUCUUUGCUACAAGAACGACGCACAUUUUAGGCUUCUCUGAAUCCUAUUUGCAUACUCAAUUUAGGCUUCUCUGCAUUACGAGUGAUUCUUCACCAACAACGACGCACGAUUUCUCUCCGCUUCUCAGACAAUGCAUAGACGGAAGAUCGAUAUCUGGAAUCAAGAGCAUCCAAGCUCAGAUGCUCAAGUCCGGCUUUCCGAUCCAACUCUCCGGGAGCAAACUCGUCGACGCCAGUUUGAAAUGCGGCGAGAUCAAUUACGCUCGCCACCUGUUCGAUGGAAUGCCUGAGAGACACAUUGUGACAUGGAACUCUCUAAUCGCUUAUUUAAUUAGGCACAGAAGAAAUAAAGAAUCUGUUGAGAUGUACAGAUUGAUGAUCACGAACAACGUUUUGCCAGACGAGUACACUCUGUCCAGCGUUUUCAAGGCCUUCUCGGAUUUGGGUCUUGAGAAGGAAGCUCAGAGAAGCCACGGACUUGCGGUGGUUCUGGGUCUGGAAGUCUCGAACGCGUUCGUCGGAAGCGCUCUCGUGGAUUGCUAUGUGAAGUUUGGUAAAACGAGGGAGGCGAAGUUAGUGUUGGAGCGCGUGGAGGAGAAAGACGUGGUUUUGAUCACGGCUUUGAUCGUUGGUUACUCACAGAACGGGGAAGAUGCAGAGGCUGUGAAGGCGUUUCAGAGUAUGAUGGUGGAGGAGGAAAAUGUUCAGCCUAACGAGUAUACUUACGCUAGUGUGUUGAUCUCUUGUGGAAACUUGAAGGAUUUAGGUAACGGCAAGUUGAUUCAUGGACUUACGGUCAAGUCAGGUUUUGAGUCUGCUCUUGCUUCACAGACUUCUCUUCUUACAAUGUAUUUGCGGUGCGGUUUAGUUGAUGAUUCCUUGCGGGUUUUCAAGUGUAUCAAGCACCCAAAUCAGGUGACUUGGACGUCUUUUAUAUCAGGGCUUGUACAAAACGGUAGAGAGGAGAUGGCACUAGCUGGAUUUAGAAAGAUGAUGCGUGAUUCGACAAAGCCUAACUCUUUCACAUUGUCAAGUGCUCUUAGAGGGUGUUCGAAUCUCGCAAUGCUUGAAGAAGGUAGACAGAUUCAUGGGGUAAUGACGAAAUAUGGUUUUGAUAGAGAUAAGUUUGCUGGCUCAGGGCUUAUCGAUCUCUACGGGAAAUGUGGAUGCUCAGAGAUGGCAAGGUCGGUUUUUGAUACGUUGUAUGAAGUUGAUGUUAUAUCCUUCAACACAAUUAUGUAUAGUUAUGCACAGAACGGUUUCGGACGUGAAGCAAUCGACUUGUUUGAGGAAAUGAUGAAUCUUGGACUGCAGCCGAACGAUGUGACAGUGUUGAGUGUACUCUUGGCUUGUAACAACUCUGGAUUGGUUGAGGAAGGUUGCGGAUUCCUCGACUUGUUUAGAAAGGGUACGAUGGUGUUAACGAAUGAUCAUUACGCUUGUAUGGUGGAUAUGCUUGGACGAGCAGGGAGGUUAGAAGAGGCGGAGAUGCUGAUAAGGGAGGUGGUAAAACCUGAUUUGGUUCUGUGGAGGACGUUGCUUAGCGCCUGUAAGAUUCAUAGAAAUGUAGAGAUGGCGGAAAUGAUCAAAAGAAAGAUCCUUGAGAUUGCACCUGGAGAUGAAGGAACUCUCAUCCUGAUGUCGAAUCUCUACGCAACGACGGGGAAAUGGAACAGAGUGGUUGAGAUGAAGAGCGAGAUGAAGGAGAUGAAGCUGAAGAAGAAUCCAGCAAUGAGUUGGGUUGAGGUCGAUAAAGAGACGCAUACGUUCAUGGCUGGAGAUUUGCUUUCGCACUCGAACUCGGAGCAGAUUCUUGAAACUCUUGGAGAGCUGAUUAAGAUGGCAAGAGAUUUGGGGUAUGUUGAAGACAAAAGCUGUGUGUUUCAAGACAUGGAGGAGAGUGCAAAAGAGAGGUCUUUGCAUCAGCAUAGCGAGAAACUGGCUAUUGCAUUUGCAGUUUGGAGGAAUGUUGGUGGGAGUAUAAGGAUUCUAAAGAACCUUAGAGUUUGUGUUGAUUGUCAUAACUGGAUCAAGAUUGUGUCAAGAGUUAUAAAGAGAGAGAUUAGCUGUAGAGAUUCCAAGAGGUUUCAUCAUUUCAGAGAUGGGUCUUGUUCGUGUGGAGACUAUUGGUAA